AGGUCGGAGAGGGGCGGAGGGCAUGUCCGCCCUUGGCUGGUGGCGCCGCUGGGCGCCUGGGGCCGUGUGGGCGCGCUAGACGGCGCGCAGGCAGCGCUGGGCGGAGCCGUCGGGCGCCGUCGGGCGGUGCGGUGAGCUCUGCCUUCUUGAGCUUCCACUCUUCUUGGAGACGACUGGCAAGAGGAAGAGGGACUAGGUCCAAACGCUAGGUGGCUGGGUCCAGGCAGACCUACAUGGGAAAGGAAACCAUAAUGAGAAGGUUGCUUGGUGAGUAUGGAAUCAGCACAAGAGGACGCGGACGAGCUUUAACAGCACUGGCCUGUAAGGUCGCCUGGUGCCACCAUCUGGUUGCUGUGCAGCUCUUGCUAGGGUUACCAGGAGACCAGAAGCACCCUAUCUGCAGCCCCUCGUCUGCCCCAAUCUCCAUUUAAAUUAGGUCUGAGCAGAGUAGCUCGCUCUCUCUCCUCUUGAUGGUUAGAUGGAAUCAUGCUUUGUGGCCUGCCUUUUCAUGCCCUCCCCACUUUAAAAAAAAUCUGAUCAGCCAAUGAUUGACAUCAAAAUAUGGUCAUAUAAGUCAUACUGGUUCAGAAGACAUUUUGUCUCUUCGUAGUAGCUUUAUUGUCUUGAACUAUUUGAGGACUGAUCAUAUAAGCUCUUAGAGACUGUUUCCUCUCGUUUGAAAUUUUUGAGGAGACCCCUCAAGAAUGACAACAAUAAGGAAAUGUUGCUGAGUGUGGUAAGUGCUAGGCUUAAGUGAUAGAGGUAAGCCCAGGGUGAUGUGGAGAUGAUCUGAGAGGAGCCACCUAACAGAUCAGAGGGUGGAGGUUGUGGCUGGUGUGGUAGGGGUAGUGGUCAUUUACUCCUUCCUGUAUGAAAUUGUUAGGCCAACACCCCCUAUUGUCCGUAUGUUCCUGUACAUAGUUAAUUGGACCCGGUUGGACACCUAAGUCUAGAGGAGUGGUUCUCAAAGUACAGUUCCUGGGCUGCUUGUUGGGAUGCCUCUUUUCUAGAGAACCACAAACCUCCUAAGCUGUCACACCUGGAAAGGCAGGUGCAUUUUUCAUAAGUGCCUCCAGUGACUGGUACCCCCAAGUUUGAGGACCACUGCCCUAGAAGGAAUUGAGCUGUAGUGUGCAUUUGUACACUUGGUGAGUUUGGGUGAACCAGAGGCACAGAGUGAUGGGUCUGUCGGUGCUGGGUGCUUAACCUGGGAGGUGAGGUAGGACUGGGGCUGGGACAGCAUUUUACUCCAUGUGCAUGCUGAAGUAGAGAAUGUCGGUCUGCAGAAAGAGACAGGAGAAUGGAGCAAACGAGAAGAGAGAAGAGACCGCACACCAUGCUGUCCCUGAGGAAUGAAGAAAGUAACUUCCUCGGCUCCUGACUUUAAAGUUCCCAAUUCCAGCCCCCUUUGAUGAGGCAUGGCUGUUGUUGCCAAGGAGGCAGAAGCUGGACUGGGGAAGUGAGGGUCAAGUGGGUAGAGCAGUUAAUGCUUUUGAUUGGCCAGAGGCACGGUCACGGGAAGAAUUCACCUGGGAUCUGGGUCUGCCCAAGGGUAAGGUCAUACAUGCUCAUGGUAAAAAAAAUAAAAACAAAAAACAAAAGGAGAAUAUACAAUGAAAAAGUCCUUGGCAUUUUGACUCUGUUCCUGUGGAUAGCUGCCUGUUCUGAAGUUACAGAAAGGAUCCUAUUCCCAAACAGGUCCCUGAGUACUGACUGUCACAGGCUGCUGCGUCUCUCCUGUUGACUCAUGUUUGGUUCCUCCAGUGAAAAUUUUACUUAGAGAAAUGCUGCCUCCAAAGUACUUGUCUGCCACCAAACCCAAGAAGUCUUGGGCCCCCCAUCUGUAUGAGCUAGACAGUGACUUGACUAAGGAGCCGGAUGCCAUCAUAGGAGAAGGCACAACUGACUCUGAAUUCUUUCAUCAGAGGUUUCGGAAUUUCUUCUACGUGGAAUUUGUUGGGCCUCGGAAGACCCUGAUCAAACUCCGAAACCUCUGCCUCGAUUGGUUGCAGCCGGAGACUCGCACCAAGGAGGAGAUUGUCGAGCUCUUGGUCCUUGAGCAGUACCUGACCAUCCUUCCAGAAAAGAUCAAGCCUUGGGUGCGAGCAAAAAAGCCAGAGAACUGCGAGAAGCUAGUUACGCUGCUGGAAAAUUACACGGAGAUGUAUGAACCAGAAGACGACAGCAACAGUGACGUCCACAGUGAAGACAGCAUGAGCCGAAGGGCAGCAGAGUCCCCGCCCCCACGCUCUGUCUACUCCUACUGCAGUGACCGGGACCGGGACUGGGACCACGAUUGGGACCGUGGCCGAGAUCGGAACUGGGACCGGAACCGAGACUGGGAGCGAGACGCCCUGGAGCGGGGCCGGGGGCGGAGGGCCAGAAGCAGAGACCUGGAGUCCCGAGAACGCUGGCCGUACACCAGGAACCCCAGAAGCAGACAUCCUCAGCGGGAUCUUUCCCUUCCUGUGAUGGAGAAAACAACUUUUGUUAUGGAGAGAGAGCACAGACGCAGGGACUCGGUGAUGGACUAUGAGUCCAGAUCCCAGGAUGCAGUGUCCUACCAGGACGUUGUGGACCUUACCGAGGACAGGAAGCCUCAGAACCCAAUUCAGGACAACAUGGAGAACUACAGGAAGCUGCUCUCGCUGGGGGUUCAGCUUGCUGAAGAUGAUGGCCACUCCCACAUGACACAAGGGCAUUCAUCAAGGUCAAAGAGAAGUGCCUACCCAAGCACCAGUCGAGGUCUGAAAACUAUGCCUGAAACCAGAAAGUCAAGUCGGCGGGGAAUUUGUGAAGAUGAAUCUUCCCAUGGGGUGAUAAUGGAAAAGUUCAUCAGGGACGUGUCGCGCAACUCCAAAUCAGGAAGGGCGAGGGCAUCUAAUGAUCGAUCGCAGAGAUUCCCCAGAAGGCCAGACAGUGAUUGGAAAGAAGUUUCAUUCAACAAGAGGGAGUCAGUGAUUCAGGAGAGGGGCUAUGAAGGGAAUGCUUUUGGCGGAGGCUUUAAUUUUAACUCACACCUAGUUUCCAGAAAGAGAGUUCUUGAAAGAAAAAGGCGCUAUCAUUUUGACACAGAUGGGAAGGGCUCAAUUCAUGAUCAGAAGGGCUAUGCAAGGAAGAGACCCUUUGAAUGUAGUGAUAUGAGAAAAGCCAUGAGCAUGAGCAGCCUUAGCUCGCCCUCCUUCACUGAAUCACAGCCACUUGAUUUUGGGGCAAUGCCCUAUGUGUGUGAUGAGUGUGGGAGGCCUUUCAGUGUGAUUUCAGAAUUUGUCGAACAUCAGAUCAUGCAUACUAGAGAGAAUCUUUAUGAAUAUGGUGAAUCCUUUAUUCAUAGUGUGGCCGUCAGUGAAGUUCAGAAAAGUCAGGCUGGAGGGAAACGCUUUGAAUGUAAGGAGUGUGGGGAAACCUUCAAUAAGAGUGCUGCUCUUGCCGAACAUCGGAAAAUUCACGCUAGAGAGUAUUUCGCAGAAUGUAAGGAUGAGGAGUAUGAGGAACCCUUCAUGCCUAGCCCGACCUUUAGUGAGCUUCAGAAAAUAUAUGGAAAAGAUAAAUUCUAUGAAUGUAAGGUGUGUAAGGAAACCUUCCUUCAUAGUUCUGCCCUGAUUGACCACCAGAAAAUCCAUGGUAGAGACGACAAAGAUAAUGAUCGUGGGGAGGCCUUUAAACCCAGCCCAACCCUUAGUGAGCGUCAGAAAAUGUAUGGUAAAGAGAAAAUGUAUGAAUGUAAGGUGUGUGGGGAGACCUUCCAUCACAGCUCAUCCCUGAAAGAACAUCAGAAGAUCCAUACUAGAGGAAACCUAUUUGAAAAUAAGGGUAAAGUGUGUGAGGAAACAUUCAUUCCUGGUCAGUCCCUGAAAAGGCGUCAGAAAACUUACUCAAAAGAGAAGCUCUAUGAUUUUAAAGAUGGUGGGGAUGCCUUUAGGCAAAGCUCAGACCUCAGUGAGCAUCAGAAAAUUCAUUCUCGAAAGAACCUCUAUGAAGGCAGGGGGUAUGAGAAGUCUGUCAUUCAUAGUGUGUCCUUCACUGAAUCUCAGAAGAGUCAUACUAUAACAAGACCACCUGAAAACGAGGAGGACGAGAAGGCAUUCACUGUUAGCUCUAACCCUGAUGACAACCAGAAAUUUCCCACUACAGAAAAUGUCUAUGAGAGGAAACCAUAUGCGAGGUCUGUUAUCCAUAGCUUAGCCUCUGCUGAAGCUCAGAAAAGUCACAGUGCUGUGGAGCCCAAUAAACUGAAAGUGAUUACAGAGUCUGCUAUUCAGAGCUCAAAUGUUACCAAACAUCAGAAAGUCCAAGCUGGAGAGAAUACCUCUGAAGGAAAGAAAUAUGAGACAUCUGUUAUCCAUAGCUUAGCUGCUUUCAGACCUCCCAAAAGUCACAGUGGAAAUGAAGUUGUUGAAUGUAAUGAGAAGGGAGAAUCCUCCAUUUAUGUCUCAGACUCUCACGAUAAGCAACAAAAAGCUCCUGCCAGAGAGAACCCUUAUGAAGGGAGUAAGAAAAACACCUACAAAGACUCUGUCAUACACAGUAUAUCCCAUACCGAACCUCAGAAGAGUCUUACUGGAGAGGAAUCCAAUGAAUUUAAGAAGGAUGGCGAAUCAUCUGUUCCCAACUCAAAUGUCCGCGAACAUCAGAAGGCUCGUGCUAAGAAGAAAAACAUUGAGUGUACGAACUAUGAGACCUCUGUAAUUCACUCCCUACAUUUUGGUGAACCUCAAACUUUUCGCCCUAGACAGAAAUUCUAUGAAUGUCUAGUGUGUGGAGAGUCCUUUGCUCGUAACUCUGACCUCACUGAGCAUCAGAAGAUUCAUGAUAGAAAGAAGCCCUCUGGAAGUAAAAACUAUGAACGAUCUGUUAUUCGUAGCUUAGUCUCUACUGACCCUCAGACGAGUUACGCUGAACAGCAAGUGCAAAUGAGUUACGCCGAACACCCGGUGCAGACGAGUUAUGCUGAACAGCCGGUGCAGAUCACUUAUGCUGAACAGCCAGCCCAGAUGAGUUACGCUGAACAGCCAGCACAGGUGAGUUACAUUGAACAGCCAGCGCAGACGAGUUAUGCAGAACAGCAAGUGCACAACAAAUGUAAGGAGUGUGGGGAAUGCUUUGCUACCCCUGAAGACCUCGGUGCACAUCAGAAAAUCUAUGCCCGAGAGGAGUUCCAUGGGGGGAAGCUGUUUGGAGGCUCUGUCAUUCAGGGUGUAGGCCUUGCUGGGCCUCAGCAGGGAGAGCCUCAGCAGGAUGAGCCAGAUGAGCAGGAUGAGCAGGACGAGCAAGAUGAGCCUGAAGACACAAUCUAUGGAUGUAAGGACUGUGGGCUGGGCUUCGCGGAUCGGGCAGACCUUAAGGACCAUCAGAAAGUUCAUGGCAGAGAGUAUCUCAUCGACAGUCGUGAGUACACGCAUUCUGUAAUUCACACCCAUUCUAUCAGCGAAUAUCAGAAAGAUUACAUUGGAGAGCAGCUCUUUGAAUGCCCGGCAUGUGGGGAAUCUUUUGUUCAUAGUUCAUUCCUUUUCGAGCAUCAGAAAAUCCAUGAGCAAGAUCAAUUUUAUGGAUAUAGGAGGUAUGAUGAGCCAUUUAUGCAACCCUUGGUCAUUAACCCACGGAGGCCUCGUGCCCCAUCGAAGAAUCCUCCUACAGGAACGUCCCUUCAGUGCCACGUGUGUGGACGAGACUUCAUUCAUGGCUCUGUCCUUAAUGAACAUAUGAGAAUUCAUACUGGAGAGAAUUUACCAGAGCAGGGUCAGAGAAGUGAAGAUGCUGUCAGUCCAGGCUUAGCCCUCACUGAGUUUCAGAGAAGUCAAACCGAAGAGAAGCACUAUGAAUGUAAAACAUGUGGAGAAUCCUUCCUCAGUCAGUCAGACCUUAGGGAUCACAUGAGAAUUCAUGAGAAAGAUGAGCCCUAUGAUUAUGGGGCCACCUUUGUUCACACCUCAUUUCUUACUGAGCCCCCCAAAAGAGAUUCACCGUUCUAUGAAUGCAAGGAUUGUGGGAAGUCUUUUAUUCAUAACACAGUCCUCACUAAACAUCAGAAGCUUCAUCUUGAAGAAGAAGAAGCUGCAGCCCAGGAAGUUGAAGCCAACGUCCUCGUUCCAAGAGAAGUUCUGCGGAUCCAGGGGUCAAAUGUAGAAGCAGCUGAGCCAGAGGUGGAGGCCGCCGAGCCGGAAGUGGAGGCCGCUGAGCCCAAUGUGGAGGCCGCCGAGCCCAAUGGAGAGGCUGAAGGGCCAGAUGGGGAGGCCGCAGAGCCAAAUGGGGAGGCUGAACAGCCCAACGGAGAGGCCGAACAGCCCAACGGGGAUGCCGAUGAACCGGAUGGUGCAGGGAUCGAAGACCCAGAAGAAAGAGCUGAAGAGCCAGAGGGAGACGCCGAUGAGCCAGAUGGUGCAGGGAUCGAAGACCCAGAAGAAGAAGGUGAAGAUCAGGAGAUUCAGGUUGAAGAGCCAUACUAUGACUGCAGGGAAUGUGGAGAAAUCUUCACUUCCAGUUCAGCCUACGGCGAGCACCUGAAAACCCAUGCCAGGGUGAUAAUAUUUGAGCCUGGAAGUGUCUACGGGGAAAGCUCACGCUAUACUGAACAUGCCAGCACCAGCACUAGUGACAACGACAGGGCUGAUGACAAGUACUUCAAAUGUGACGUCUGUGGGCAGCUCUUCAAUGAUCGCCUGUCCCUCGCUAGACACCAGAAUACCCAUACCGGCUGAGAACACAAGUGUAAAGGUUGGAGAACCUUCACUUAGAACUUGACUUUACUAAACCACAGAGAAUUCGAACCAACCCAUAAUAAUGUCGAAAGGAAACUUACCUUGACGUGUAUACACCUGACUUUUAACAUUAGACAACUCAAACUGGAAGGAAACUGAAGGUGGUGAUUCCUUUGGUCUUAGCUCUCCCCCAUCAGACAUUGAGUAUGCAUGUGGGAAAGCCAUAGCACAUAUCUUACCUUCCAUCCCAGUAAUCACACUGAGGGAAAACCCUCGGGGUUUUCGAGACUACAGAAAUUGCCCCAAUCAGCUGUAAAGGACACUCCUGUAACCUAUAUAUAAUGUUUCCUGAGAUGUAUAUAAAACAGCAAAUCAUAGCAGUACAGUAAUCACGUAUAUUUGGAUUUAAUUACAGUUUACUGUGCAGAAGUACCUUACCCUGGUACUCUUUGGUUUUUUUUUUUUUUUUUGGAGGAGGAAGAGAGCAACAAAUUAGAGUAUAUUUGUAAGCAUCUUAGAUCCUGAGAAAGAUUUAUUGUGCAUUAUUUGAACUCCAUCCGUAUCUUUUUGAGUAAUUGUGUGGUGUUCCUUCCUCUUAAAUAUUCCUGUACAGGUGUAGGCAUGAAAGAUAAAAUGUCGAUUACUCUUUGUUGUUUGAAAAGAGAAGUACUUUGAGCUUCCUUUUCAGCCCUUUCGUCUACACCAACGCUUUGGAACCUAAUGCUGUAUAAGCCUUUACAACAUGUGGAUUGGCCUUCUGUGACCCAAAUUAUCAGUUGCCACAUUGUACCUUGCAGUGAUUCUCAUGCAAAAAUAUUAGAAGUUUUGUUGUUUUUUUAACCAACUUGCUGUGUUCGAUAGUGAAUGCACAAAAGCCGAAGCUUUUCUCUGUAAAUUUUAUGUCUUUGCCUUUAAAGAGUGAGCUGCAACCAUCGCUAGAUCACAGUAGUGCCUCAUGAAGGUUGAGAACCAUGGGGAGAGGCUCUCGGGUUGUAAAUACAGCUGUAGGCUGACGACUUUCAUCACUUGCUUUGUGUGCUUCCUGCCUUAAGUGAUAAGUAGAACGUGGCUUCAAUAGUGUGUACUGCCACAAGUCAGUUUGCACCCUGGGUGCCCAGGAGCUAGUUUUCUUAGAGCUUUCUGUUGCUCAGCUGAAUUCUCGUCUUCACCUCUCUGACCGUCAACCCUAUGUCUAACUUGCAUUUAAAAAAUUUUUUAAAAAUAAACAAGCUUUCUUUACAGUCAACCCAAGCUUAACAUGGACUCAGGUUCCCCAGCAGCCUUAAUUUGUUUUGUUACCGUCUGUUCCUGCCCUGCUCAGCUCUCCUGCGUGCUUCUGAGCUAUCCAUUAGUGUUGUGUCUGUCUGGUCUCUUCGGGUUUCCACUUGACCACCAAGUGACCUCCUAGCUUGAGGUUUCCGGUGUCCUGUUCUGUGCCCCACCUGUGCUCCUUUUGCUUCCCCUCCCAUCACAUAAUGACUAUUAAGAAAUUUUUUGGCUUUGAGUUGGCUGGAAAAAAAAAUUUUUUAAUAAAAAAAUUUUUUUAAAAAUGGAUCUGUAGAUUGAAUGAAGAUAAGAGCAGAUAAUUUGAACAAGCAAAAUUAAAAUCCCUGCUAGAGAAUGUGUCUAAAUCUCAGUCUCCUAGAUCCGCACGGUUAGGGCUCGGGGAGUGUGUGUCAGGGCUGCAGGGAAUGCCCAAGUUGAGGGAGGUUGGAGGGCUGAGAGAGAGGCAGAAUGAGUAAGCCAAAGAAGGGAGUCCUAACGUGUCACCAGCCCUAGGAGGGUGAGGAAGCAGACGGAAGGCAACAUCAGAAGAGGGAUUGGAAAGUUAGGCUGGUGAGAAGGAAUCGAUUGAGCAGGAUGUCUUGGGCAGUUUAGAAGAAGGGGCCUUUUUGAUGGCAUGGUGUAGGUGAGGGCCAGCUGCACAGAAAGACCAAGGUUGGAAUGGACAUCUGGGAAAACGGGAGCAGUGAGGCCCCACAUCAGAGCAGGGCUCUUGAGACGGGAGCCAGUGUUGACGUCAUCGGGGCGAACUUGGGUUCGUCACUGUUGGUAGUAGGUUGGUAGAACCUUUUCAGAAAGUAGCUUGCCAAGUGUCAGGUUGUCCAUUCCAACCUUAGGUUAGUGAAAAAUCAGGAACAACUGAAAUGCCAAACAAUAGGAGAAAGAUAAGUGAACGUAUCGUGGACUCACGCAGCUGUUUAAAAAUGAUAAUCAUGAAGAGUUAUGUAGCAACGUGAAAAUAUAUUUACGGAAUAUUAGGUGGAAAAAGCAGGACACAGAAUUAUAUUUAUACUACAAUUAUAAUUGUUUAAAAAUGUAUGCUUAUAGUCAAAAGCUGUUGUGUUGUUGUUGUAGGCUUAUAGUUGAGCAUUAUUUUCUUAAAUUCCUUGAAUGUUCUUUAUGGUAGUGUUAUUAAAAAGUUUAUAAUCACAUUUCCAUUGUGAACAUAAUUCGAACUCAUCAGCAGACAACUUGGAAAAUACAGAAAAGUGGAAGAAAAAAAUCCAUAUUCCCACCAUCCAAAGACAGAUAAUACUGUUCAAUAUAUUGUUUAUUCUUGUUUCUGUGCACAGGUUUAUGAUUAUAACCGUGUCAAAAUGUGUAUUCAGAGUAGCUGUUAUGUUACCUUUGUGGAAUUAUGGUUAAACACUUUCAUCUUAAUGUUUUCAAAUGUUCCUUAUAAUAGUGUUCUGGUAACAAAGUUUAUUGUGUUUGUUUCCAUGAUAAGCAUAAUAUGUACCCAGAAGAAAAAUUGGAAAAUACAGUAAAUUAGAAAAGAAAAAAAGGUUACCCAUAUUCCCAACACCCAACAACUGCUGUUAACAUCUUGAUCUGUUUCCUCCAUCUUGUUUAAGUGCACAAGCUUGUGAUUAUAACAGUGUUAAAUACGUAUGCAUAAAGUCUAAAAUGAAAAAAAUAUGGAACUAAUUAAAAUAGUGUUGUUAUUGUGG